AUGAAUCGGAUUCUCGUUUGUAAAAGAGGACUAUCGCUAUCGUUUACGCCACACGGGCAGGGAAAGCUUUACACAUCCAGGGCGCAGAAUGCCCGGCAUAGAGGCAACUACCCGCACAUUCAUCAAGAAAUAUCUCCCGGAGUACAACUACAAACACACAGAGAUAAUCACCUAGAGCCAAAAUCAAAUUUUCAAGGUUUUAACCACAAACUAUGGCAAAAUAGAAACGUUCGAACAAAUCUUGAACUACCCAAGUACUCUGAUUUCUCGCAAGGCGAACUGGUCCAGGAAGAAUUGAUUUAUGACUACCCAGGAACGAAGAAGGCUGCGUUUACGGCGAGGACCAGAGUUAUCCGUGAAAAAGUUCCCUUAUUAAUUGCUCCACCUGUUGAUAGCUUGCGCAAGUCCAAAUUUAAGCCCUUUGUGGCUAACACAGUGGCCAGACGUGGCAAUCAGAACUGGCUCAACGUGGAGGAUUAA